AUGCUCGAAACACUCCCUCAACACCAUCAACAUCCGCAGCAAUUACAACAGCAACAACAGCAGCAAAGUACUUUCUUUCGAAACAUCACCGCUGAAUCCUACUACCUGCCCCACGCUCCAGCGCGUCAGUCCCCGUUGGGCUCUCGCAAUGCCAACGUCACUCCGACGACGACCAUCCUGGCUUCCUCUUCUUCGCGCUGUUCGUCUUUGUCCACGUCGGGGAUGACGAUGCCGACGAUGACGACCCAAAAAGAUGUCUCAGGAGAAAGGACAGACAAAAGCAAUAACCAUAACCAUAACAAUAAUAAUGCCUUGUCGCUGUUCUCGGGAAACGAGAACAACAGCUCGCAACAGCAACAGACGAGAUUAUCUCCCUUUUCAUUUUCGUCCGAAACAGAAACAACCGCCCAGAAAAGGACUUCAUCCUUCGAGCAGCGCUACAAGUCUAGAAUCUCCAACCCAUUGAACAGGAUCUUCAGUUCCAGUUCCAGUUUCAGUUCCGGAGAAAAUGGCCGCCGCGGCGGGGCGUUAUCGUCGCUAUCCGCCCGCGCCGCUGCCAAACAGCGCGACCUGUUCCUGAACAAAAUGAAGCGGGAUCGGGACGAGGGCCUAUUCAACGCGCGGGGCGAGCAGCUGAUGCGGAUGGAGUGCCUGACGGAGCAGAAACAGUGGGGAGAGGCGAUGCGGCGGGACGCUGAGGGGUUGUUCCAGCAGUACCAUCUAGAUGAAGUAGCGGCAGAGGGGGAGGAAGAGAUGGUUGAAGACUCCGAUCAGCACGCCCUAGACGAAUUCCUCUCCCAAGAGCAAGAGAUGGAAGAAGCCCUCCUCGAGAACAUCAUUCCCAGCUCCAACGACGACCAUCAUCAUCAUCACCACGAUAGUAGUCGCAAUAGUAAUAAUAACAAUAAUUAUCCGCCUCCUCCUCCUCCUCCUCCUCCUCCUCCUCCUCAGGCCAUCAUGUCAUCGCCCUCACGACGGAGCGACCGCUCCUCUUUCUACGGUGAUGACGACGUCGACUACGAUGCCAUCUUUAGGGAUCUCGUCGAUAAUGAGCAUCAGAGUCACAGUCACAGUCAAGCCCCGAGUCAGGACAUGGACAUGACUGGAUAG